AAAUAAUACUGUGUUCGCAUUUGUAAUCUAACGAAAAUUCAAUUGCAAUUUGACACAGUUUGUACUUUUUGUAAUGUCAUUCAAUAACUGUAUUCGCAAAGGAUUUAUUUUACUUGUUUCGGCUUUGUUUCUACCAAAUGUGACAAAUGGUAGAAUGUUUUCAAAGAAGCCUGUAAGGUUUUUGCAGUUUUGUACAGAUGGGUAUGCUCAUGAUAAACUUUUCCCUGAUCCAUACCCAUUUACCUGUAAACCUGGACCAGGUAGAAAUGUAAAAUGCCAGAAUAUUCAAUAUAACCUGAAAGGAUUCUUCAGGUGUCCUGGGUAUGGUUAUGCAAGUGGAUGGGAAUUCAACGAGGGGUUAGGAUUGAACGUUCGCUGUUGUGAGGACCCAGAUAUCAAGUACUCACAGAAAGACUGUAAAGUACAUUUGAAUAAUAGUUUUGUAUAUGGUGGGAUUUACAGAGUCUAUAAAGGAAAAGUUAUGACUGGUUUCACAACUUUUGACAAUGGAAAAACUUGGUACAACAAUGAAUGUUCAUAUCGUGCAUAUCGGAGGUACUAAAGAAAACCUGGUCUAUGAAGAGGAAGUACUGUUCAGAGUUUUUCAAUCCAUGUGCUUAUUUACAAAACUGACUGACUGCAUUAAAAAAAUAUAUUGAGAACGAAUGCCAACUAUAUUUCUGCCAUUUUUUAUAUAUCAAUCAGUUUGGUGCCAUUCUUAAACGCUUUCCGUCCAAAAAAUAUCCCACACACUUUCUUCAGCAGUCCACUUAUAAUGGAAAAAGGCAUAAUUAAUUGGUAUAGCUGCAUAACACUAUACUAGGUUUGGCAUUCGCGCAUUAUUUCUUUACCAUUUUUUAUUAUAAAUAACCAUAACUUUACCGUUGGUACUUCGCCUUGUUUAAACGUAUGUGUAUGUGUGAAUUUUCUUUUCUUGUG